AUGGGAACUGACGACAAAAGCUGCUGGCCUGAAAUACCAAUCUUCACUGCUGAGGCCCCGGGCAUCAUUGACACUCAAGAAUGCGGUAGGUUCUUUGCACCGGGUGACUUUGUUCGUGGUGUGAGUGACAGCUUGAUUACAGACAACUCGGUCAUGUUUGCGAGCUGGCGCGAGCAUCUGGAGCACCUUUGAAAUCUUGAUGACCAACCCACCACCACCGCCUCCCGCCCCUCCCUCCUCUCCUCAGUUCGCUGUUAUCCCUCUCCAGAAUAUGCAGAGUCGUGUGACCUUCUCCAAAGCAGGCACUGAUGCAAUAUCGAGGUUGCGCAACAACAUGGCGCCCCGAUCGAACUAUCGUCUGUAACUUUUGUGUCGACACUCUGUCACCACGACACUACGAGUUGGUUAAGCAGGUGUUAUGAGCUGAACUCCCCGAGAGGACUAGGGCAAACCCAUCCUUAUGCCUGCCGUUAAGUACUAAAAUUAUACAAUGCUCGAGAGCUACCGCACAUAAGCCUCGUGGUCAUUGCUACAAACGUCCUGGCCAUUGUCAUUCUCAGGCAAAUUCAGAAUAUACCUGAAUCUAAGCGAAGAUCCGGUCAGUCUUUGUUCCGAGUUGAGCGCGUAUGCAUCGAUCAGAUGUUCGCAUUGUGGAAUGCCUCCAUGCAUUCCGUGAAGGACACCAGCAGUCGGCAAAUGUCAUUUGCAAAAAUCACGGCCAUGAUCGGAGCCUAAAAAAGCUCCAUAACUACAAAAGUUCCGCUGUACAACAAUCUUUUCAAGCCGUCCUAUAUUCGUCCAGCCAUUGCGUAAACUUUCCUAUAACCAAUCCUGUUCAAUUAUACCACUGACUGUAUUCCCAGAAUAUUCCCACGCGGUUUUUAUGGUGUCGAAUCAACACUCUGACGUCGCCUAAUUGAAUCCGACUACCCUAACGAUAUCGCUAUCGUCGAGGCAAGUUAGGAUGACAUACAAAGUGCUCUUUCAAGAACAAAUUAAGUCGCUAAAUCGGUCGGUUUAUCCGUAAACGUUGAGAGGACCAAAAUUUUUUCGAAGUAUCUCUUUUUAGAGAGAAUGCACUCCUCGGAAGGGAAUGAAUCACGUCAUAUACCACUGGGCGACGCUGUUUUCGAAAGGACAGAGUGAGGGGGACAUCGUCUCCAAAUCGGUGGUGCAGCUGGAGUUUUCACCAAACGAAGAAAAUGACUAUGCCCCCGACGUGUGUUUCCAUUGCCAUAAAGGCCCGCGUGUGCUGGCGAUACGUUCAGCCAGUCCUCCUACGCGCAUGGAAGACGAUCAAGAACUGGGAAUGUUUGAGUGUCAUUGCCACAGGGCCAUCAUUGGAGUGGAGCACACAGACGUCGCCUGGAAUGAAACAGAUGCCACGCGCUGGGACAACAUCGGGAGUAUAGCUUGGAUCAUUCAGAGACUACGGAAGUGGUUUUGACAAGUUCUAUGACGCCCACCUCAUGAGUCUAGUGUUGCUGCCCACCUAGAGACGUCGAAGAGGGGAUCACCGCAUGAUCUGACUCGACACGACUCUCGGGCCCGGGAUGUAGUUUUUGGACCUUUUGGUUUUAGCCUCUGUCACUGGAGAAGAGAGUGGGUAUGGCUCUCCAGAUCGGCUGCUGCAGAUCAUUCUGCACGGAGAAGUGUUAUACGCAAAUAUCCCUGUGACCGGUUGAAUCCUCCACGAUCACAGCCUUGCCAGGUAUAAGUAUAAGCAAGUUGCUGUAACACUUUUGGUGGCUAAUAACACAUUCGAGUUUGCAAUUCAAACAAGCGACGUUGGUGAGAAUGGUUUCAAACUUGUUAAAAUUUUAGACGACUAUUUGUUUAAUUUUUCUGAUAGUUCGACCGCCGAUUUCGACGGGAUCCACAGCAGGGCGAGAGCAGGGAUCGUGAAUUGCGUGAGUUAGUUCAUAAUGGUAGUAGACUUGUGCUACAUCUACCACACUCUCAACUCUUUCCUCACAUGCAUUUUGUGUCAAGACAGUGUCUAGAAGACCGGAGGUGGGAAAGAGUCAGGUGUAUGGUGCGGCCGGAGCCGCCUCAAGGCGUGCCGCCACACCUGGCUUGGAUCUCACGCACUGGGGUACCCUAGAAGCAAUAUUAAGAAGGAGCCGUUGCGGCCUGAACCUCAGUUCACCAGUCCGCCACUCCACAAAUACAUUGGACUGGCUGAAAUACUAGUUACCCCGUUAGUUGAAAACCUCCCAUGCCACAGUUUUCAGCGCACCAGAAUAACUUCAAGCGCGCCAAAUUGUUUAUAGUAAGGAAAGUGCGCUGAGUCGUCGAACUCACUUUCUCUCUCCAUUCCCGGGCCCCAGCCACUGUCCGAGCCGGCCAGAUGUCUGUUGCAGUGAAUAGGCGCAAUGACUGAAAGAGCUAAAGAGCCCCUCUGCGCGCCGCACGCAUGACCUAUCUCCCCAAACUUGUUUAUCACGCCCUUCGCAUUCAGUUAAUACCAGCAGCUGUAUACUGGACUUUAUUAUGGAACUCCUUAUUGCUGCAUAGUACGUCUAGCUAAUAUCUGCUGUCUUUUUGGUAUUCAAACUGAAGUGUAUUAUGAGAGCGAGGGCUGCGUAGUUGCGUGUCUGCAGUUAGCGUUCUGUAAGCGCAGUUUCAAUGUGUCCGCGUCGCUCCUUAAUCGAGGUCAAACGGGGAGGCCGGUAGAGGACUAUGGACACACAUAUGCCACGAAGAAUGUACUCCCUGGCAGCAGGUGAAAAACUGAGCCGCCAAAAUGGGCCAGGGUCUCAACUUUGACCGGAUAGAGGGCGUGGCCAUAGGAGAGUCACACGAAAUGGCAGUGUCCGGGAGCGUGACAGUCAUCCGGCCUCUCAGCCAGUCUGUAGAGGGGCCUAUCUGUGACAUAUACGACUCUGUAUAUCCAGUUGGUUGAAGGUAGACAGGGCACUGCGCGGUCUGAUCCGGCAUCCGUAGCAGCAGGCAGAGAGAGCAGGGGGCAACGCCACACAGGAUUAAUCAGUUUUCUCCGAUCCCCGAGAGCCAGCACUUCCAAUCGCACAAGUGGCGCCUAUAAGAGUUCAAGAGCCACAUACGCUAAUCAAAGUCCCUCAAUGAGACACUACGUCUUCGUCUUUGGCGUUGUCUCCCAUCCACGGACCACUGUUCAGAGGGGAUGCACAACCACCCAGUAACAGACAUAGAUGGAUUCUGUGGGACGAUAUUGCUCAAUCUAACUUCAGAGACGAUAGGAACUGUGGUCCGCAUACCUUCUAGUGAGACCCGUACAGAGGAUACGAAAGUUUUUAAAAAUGGCUAAACAAUACUGAUAUUUAAGACGUCAGAUUUCUAGUAGGACUUGUCCAGUGCACAUCUCUCUGUUCUGCUAUUUUUCUUGGCAGUUACACUUCCUCUCCUAUCCACAAGUCGACCGACUUGUAACUUAACCGGUUCACUCUGUCCCUUUAAGGUGGAUCACUGCGCUAGGGGGCGAAAAGAACAAAGUUUAACUCGCCCAAUCGAACACGCAGGCAGCGAGGCCUGUGAGGUCUUUGGCUGAGCCUGUCGCGUACGUAACCCGAUCGGUGUACGCACUUCCAAUAUAAGAUAUAUGUGCAGACUGGCAUUGCCAACAAAGACAGGGGAGACUGGAAUUGAGAUUUCCAGCUCAUUGGCCGACGUCAGCCAGCCUUACCCAACUCCAAGGUGUGAAAACCCUGGAGCUCGAUUCCGCAACCUGUUGGUUAGAAGCCCAAUGUCCUAACCAGUGAGCCAUGGGCUCCUUGUCCUGUCAGUUUGGAUCGGGUAUAUAUGGUUGUAGAGGGGCGUUGUUCGGCUGCUGGUUGAGCCCGAGAGUGACCCCAAGCCACAAUGGGACGGGUGAGUUCGUAACGCGAUCGGUGAGCGUCCCUCUAGCAUUAUAUUUGCAUGUAUAUAUAUAUAUAUAUAUACACAUAUAUAUUAUGGCUUGCUCGAAUGAGAAAUCUUGUGAUUUGGUUCUAUCCCGCAUUUCGCACUGAGAAGAGUCUCCUUGCCAUCAGACUGGACGCCGAAGGGAAGCAUCCCAUUUGGAGUGAGGCCUUUGAGCUCCAGGAUACCCUCGCUCUCCUCUCUUAGGAGGUUAAACACGCGGACCAUUUUCCCGAUGGCUCGAAUUUUAUUGCGAAUGACUUUCUUACGAACUGCCACCGUUCCUCCCUCGGCUUGUGCCUGCCUUCACUGUCGUUUCCUCUUUAGGACUAGAACGGGCCAGCGAGUUCGUCUUCAGCAAACGACCGCCCUUCUCACGUAUGGCAGCCUCGAAGGUGUCGUCGGCGUCUGAGAGUAGUUCAUCGUCAGAGCAGAUCUUCAGAACAUUCACCAACAUCUCCGUCACCUUCUCAUCGACGAAUGAAAGGGACCAAGUGAACACGUCCAUGAAAUUGGAGAGCCAGUAG